AUGAGCAACCGAGAGAUGGUGGUUCUGAGUGUGGGAGGUGUGAAAUUUGUAACCCUGGCUUCUACGUUGCUGCAGUUCCCCGAAUCCAGGCUAGCACAGAUGUUGAACAAUGAUGACCGGGAAUUUAAACUGGUGAAUGGAGAGUUUUUUGUGGACAGAGAUGGAACUUUGUUUAGUUACAUCAUAGACUUCUUGAGGACUCUCCAGAUCUCUUUACCUACUGACUUUUCUGACUAUCAAAGGCUGCAGAGAGAAGCAGAAUUCUAUGGGCUUUCCCCUCUGUCCAGUCUCCUGAAGCAGGAACACUUACUGAAGCCGAGACUGGAGAUCUUGGAAGUGCGUUUUUCUCUCCAAGAGAUGCAAGCCUUCUUCCGGAUCUUUGGUUCCUGCAGUACCACUGUUGAGACACUGGCUGAACAGAUCACUGUGUUUUCAGGACAGCAGUCAGGACAGAGCUGGAACAGCCUUUUUCCUUUUCAGAAACCACUUGUUCCCCUGCCUUUGGAAAGACCUUCUCAUCAUGACGUGGUUUUUCAGUGUGGUACUGACUACUCUGCUGGUGACCAGCUUGUGGCCAGGUAUGUUUCCAUAAAGCCUGAUAAUAGAAAGCUGAUUAACGGUACUAAUGUGCUAGGCCUGCUGCUUGACACUUUACUCAAAGAUGGAUUUCGCCUCAUAAGCACCAGGACAGUGUCCAGUGAAGAAAAAGUCGAAUGCUACAGUUUUGAAAGGAUGCAGAAACCAGCAGGCAUCACCAUCAUGGUGAACCAGACUCCAGGGAGCUCUGGGAUAGCACAGGUGAAAAGAAGCCAAGUGCAGAAAGGGAAAUAA